AUGGCUCCAGUAUUCACAAACUCACAAGGUAAUCCAGUGCCAGAACCGUUCGCCACUCAAAGAAUUGGUAAGCAUGGUCCAUUGUUGAUGCAAGAUGUCAACUUGAUUGACAACUUGGCUCAUUUCGACAGAGAAAGAAUUCCAGAAAGAGUUGUUCACGCUAAAGGUUCAGGUGCUCAUGGUGAAUUCGAGGUUACUGAUGAUAUCACUGAUAUUUGUUCUGCCAAGUUUUUAGACACCGUUGGCAAAAAAACCAAGGUUUUCACUAGAUUUUCACAAGUUGCCGGUGAACAGGGUUACCCUGAUACUGUUAGAGAUCCUAGAGGAUUUUCCACAAAAUUCUACACUGAAGAAGGUAUUUUGGAUCUAGUAUACAAUAAUACUCCGAUCUUUUUCCUUAGAGAUCCAUCAAAAUUCCCAUACUUUAUCCACACUCAAAAGAGAAACCCCCAAACUGGUAUGAAGGACCCAAACGCCUUUUGGGAUUACUUUGUUUCCAACCCAGAAUCUGUCCACCAAGUUACCCUUUUAUUUACCGAUAGGGGUAUUCCAAAAUCAUACAGAAAGCAACAUGGUUUUUCGGGUCACACAUACAAAUGGUCAAAUGCUAAAGGUGAUUGGUAUUACGUUCAAGUUCACUUUUUGUCUGAUCAAGGUAUUGAGAAUUUGACUGUUGAGGAAGCUACAAAGAUUGCUGGUGAAGAUCCAGAUUAUCUCAGAAACGACUUGUUUUCUUCCAUUGAGAAAGGUGAGUACCCAUCUUGGACUUGUUACAUUCAAACAAUGACUGAGGAACAAGCCAAGAAGGUUCCAUUUUCCGUUUUUGAUUUGACCAAGGUUUGGCCACACAAGGACUUCCCAUUAAGAAGGUUUGGUAAAUUGACUUUGAACAAGAAUCCGGAUAAUUUCUUUGCUGAAACUGAACAAGUUGGUUUUGCACCAGCAAACACAGUUCCAUCUAUGCAACCAUCGGCCGAUCCAGUUUUGCAAUCAAGGUUGUUUUCGUACACCGAUACACAAAGGUACAGAUUGGGCUCAAACUAUGCCCAAAUCCCAAUUAACAACCCAAACAAUGGUGGCAAGGUUUUUGCACCAAAUGUCAGAGAUGGUUUUAUGACUGUUAAUGGCAACCUUGGUGCAACACCUAACUACUUGGCUUCCGAUGUGGAUGUCAAAUUUGAUCAAUUUCCAAUUCAACAAGAUCAAGAAGUUUGGGAAGGCGCUGCUACUCCAUUCCAUUGGAAAGCUACUCCAGCUGAAUGGACUCAAGCCACUGAAUUUUAUAACAAGGUCUUGCCUAAGCAACCUGGUGGUCAAGAACGUUUGGCACACAAUAUUGCGGGACAUGUUUCUGCUGCCAGACGCGAUAUUCAAGACAGAGUUUUCAAAUACUUUGGUGGUGUUAGUCCAAAAUUAGAGGAAGACAUCAAGAAGGAAGUUUUCGAAUUAGACCCAAGAAAGUAA